UGUUUGAACCACUGAUUGUCGUCAUCCACACUCUUCAACUUGGCUGGAGCGCGUGCUUGGGGGUCUAGGACCGUGUCACGGCUGCCUGGCGUCGCGGUCUUCUGAAUGUUUUGUCGAGCCGAUAUUCCUGGCUGUUCCGCGACCGCGAUAGGGCAUACACCCAUAGACCUCGGCGGUUGCCCGGCCAUUCAGCAAAACACGAUCCUGCAUCUCCACCUACGUUCUCCAAGAGGCUUCAUCAAGUCCCUUCGCAGCAAAUUUCCGUUCUCGACAGCAUGAGCCAAUCACUUCUUGACUAUCUCGUGGAGAACGAGCCGGCGUUCAGAAAAGCCCGCCUUCCCGCCCUCUACUCCGACUUCCAGACCCAACGGACCCUCAACCCAGACGGCUACCAAGCAAACGUCUCAGCAUGGCGCAAGGCCCUCGCCCAUAUUGCCCGCUCGGGACUGGCCCCAGCCGGUCGUGCGGCAGCCCCAAACCUCUUUGUCCUCCACUCCGAUGAACAGCUCCUCCGCGCUCUCGAAUCGAAACAGUACGGCAGGCCACUCGCUCUGGGCGCGGUCAUCCGCGAGGCCCUGGCGGCCAAGGACCUUAUCCCUCUGCGGGAGUUUCUGGACGCAAAGGAUAGCAUCUACCACCGGCCGUGGUCGGUAUGGAACCUCGCGGCGUGGACCAUGAAGCAGCUCGGUGUUGCAGACAUCCUGAAAAAAGACUCUCUGCCAUCAGGGCAGUUCGUGGUUGUCGCCAAUGUGGAAGAGGCCAGCAAAACCUUCAGCGACCUCAACGCCGCCAACGAACCCGCCCAAAGCCGGUUCGAGCGCACCUUUUCCAAAGCCCACUUCCACCGCACCUUCAACGACCAGUUGGUCGACGGCAAACACCUCUCUGAAACCGACCUUGAAGUCCUGUUACGCUUUCUCUCCCGUGACAAAUCCUCCAUCUUCUACGACGGCAUCACCGUUAAGAUUAAAAGCACCCAGUCCAGCAACAACAACCUCCAAGACGACCAACAAAUCACCCCCGAAGACACCUCCAUAGCCCAGCUCAAAGAACUCCUCGCCUCCCUGACCCACCAAACCGCCCUCCUAGCCCACCGAAUCGAGCACCUCACAGACCAAACGAAGCAGGCCGUGUCCAAGAACAACCGCGUCGCCGCGCUAGCCGCCCUGCGCUCUAAGAAACUCGUUGAAUCGACCCUCGCCCGCCGCUUCGAUACCGUCCACCAGCUCGAGCAGGUCGCGGCGCAGAUUGAGCAGGCGGCGGAUAACGUGCAGCUCGUAAAGGUGAUGGAGUCGUCGAGCGCCGCGCUGCAGAGUCUGCAGGCGCAGGUUGGUGGGGUCGAGAGGGUGGAGGAGGUGGUGGACAAGUUGAGGGAGCAGAUGGCGGCUGUGGACGAGGUGGGCAGUAUAUUGGCCGAGUCGGCGGGUACGGUUGUCUUGGAUGAACGGGAGAUUGAUGAUGAACUGGCGGCGAUGGAGGGCGAGGAGAGGAGGAAGGUGGAAGAAGUGGAACGGGAGAGGAAGGAAGCUGAAGAGAGGAAGGAGGCAGAGGAGGUGAGGGCCAAGCUGGAGGCCGCUGGGGAGGUGUCUGUUGCUGUCAAGGGGAAGGACGAGGGCCAGUUGGCGGGGGAGAAGGAAAUGCGGGCGGCGGAGGACUUGAUGAGUAGGAUGUCCCUGACGGAGACUCCGGAUCGGCAGGCUACCUGACUGGUUCCCUCCUCUGCUUGUUGUGCAAGCAGAGAUACAGAGGCUAAUUCAGUUCUCCCUCUCUAGUGUAACGAACCAUUCGAACAGCACAUCCUGAGCACUACUGGCGUUUGCAUGAUGGGAGAAACGGUUUUCUACUUGUAGGGCGGCUACUGGCGUUUUGGCCAAGGUAUGCAUGAGAUAGGGUAAAAUAGUCAUGAUUCGGGCUGGAGUCGUCGCUUGGCACGGCCAUAACGAAGGUCAAACCGAUCGUCUGU